AUGGGGUCGGCGGACUCCCUACGUGUAGAAGGACAACGGCGCUGUACCAUUCUCUCUACUGCAACAUACCGACUGUGCAAAGCUUCUCUCUCACUCUCUCUCCUACACACACACACUGUUUUCACCUCUCCAUGGUCAUGUCACGCUCCUCUUGUCACCUCUAAUGAUCUCUCUCUCUCUCUCCCCCUCCAUCUCUCUCAGGAAGCUGGUGGGGGGUCUGUGGAGUCCCUGCGUUCUGUGAAGCAUCAUCCUGCGACAGGAGCGGCAUUGAGCCGCUCCAAACGCUACGCCAUCAACCCAUUGGGACACAAGUGGAAGCAUUUCAACCUCACCUACAAGAUCGUGAAGUUUCCCAACACGCUGAACAAAGACAGCACCCGCAAGGCCAUCAGCAUUGCGUUCUCCAAGUGGAGCGACGUGUCCCCUCUCUACUUCGCUGAAAUCACAAACCCCAACAAGAGUGCUGACAUUAUCAUCGGCUUCUACACGUGGAACCACACAGACUGCUGGUGGUCUCCAUUGCACCCCUGUUUUGAUGGGUUGAACGGGGAGUUGGCCCAUGCCUUCCUGCCCCCGCGCGGGGAGAUCCACUUUGACAACCACGAGUUCUGGAUCCUGGGGAAGUCCCGCUUCAGCUGGAAACAAGGUGUAUGGUUGAAUGACCUGGUACAGGUGGCGGCUCAUGAGAUCGGGCACGCCCUGGGACUGUGGCACUCCCGUGACCCCCAGGCCCUGAUGCACCCCAAUGCCACCUACACGGGCCAGAGGAACAUUGCCCAGGACGACAUCUGGGGAAUCCAGCGCCUCUAUGGAUGCACGGACAAGAAGCGCGUGUGUGAUCCAUGGGCUCGCCUUGGCUUCUGCGAAAGGAGGAAGAGCUUCAUGAAGAAACACUGUGCCCGACGAUGUGACCUCUGCUAUGAGCCUCUUGAGGCCGUUGCCACGCCAACUCCACUGCCUGCCAACGUCAAGGUCAAGAUGGUUCCUCGUGGAAAGGUUGUGGGCUUCCGCUGUGGGACGAAGAAUCCUAGAUCGCCUCCCAAAGUCAGCUGGUACAAGGAUGGAGAACAGCUCCUGAUCUCUAUCCCCGGCUACAUCAUCAUGAAGGGCCGCGACCUCCGCAUCGUCGCCAACGAGUUUAACGAGGGCACUUACACCUGUCGCGUCCAUCGUAGUGGCAAUGUGGUCUCUGCAAACUCCUGGGCCAUCCGGCUGAAGCCUGAACAGCCCUCCAACAGUUGAGCUGAACGGAGUGAGUGAGGGAAGGGAAGAAUGAGAGCUGGGAAGGAAAGUAUGAGGCAUGGAGGAAAAGAGGACGAACCCACAGCUGUGCCACAUGUGCCUCUCCGCUAGCCGUAGUGGAAUACAGGUGGCAACAAUUAUAAUAUUAAAAGUGAACUCAGCAAUUUGACAUCAUCAUACACAGCAUGACGACUUCCUGCUUACAAAUAUUAACCUGAUAAUUCAAAUCUGCCAAGACUGCCACAUAUUGGACCUUAUUCACUCAGGGGUUGUGAGCUCUGAUUCAGAGGGUGUCAGGCGGUGCGUGUAGCUGGUGCAUGAAGUCAGGCGUAGGAGAGCAGAGAUGAGUGAACAACUCACUUUACUUGAGAAAAUAGCACAAAGUAACAAAACCAAUGUGCGAACAAUAAUGGUUGCCACACAACACGGGUGAACACAGCACCCGGGGGGGAAAAGCCGGAAACGUACCGAUCUUAACAAUAAACAAUCACACACAAAGA